ACGCACGCGCAGAGUUCAUCACACGGGUCCUCCAGUGAGAGGAGGCGGCGUUGGAACGCGCCUCAUUUGCAGACCCACAGAAGAUGGCGACGGGAUGUCUUGCUGCGCGGAACGCUCGGAAGAAGGGGGCAUGUGUCCCGCAUGCGCAGCGCGCCUCACACGCGCGUGCGGGAGGACCCCCUUGUGAGGGAAGGGGGAGUGGCGGCUGUGUGGCCCUCCCAAGAUGGCGGCGCGGCUCAUGAGCUUGGUCCACCUGUGCUGUUUCCUGUGGGCCUCGUUCUCACUCUCUCAGAACGUGGGCAUGCCCCACUCCCUGCGCAGGGAGAGCGAGAACACCUACGGCGGCCGCUGGAAAUACCUGACCUUCAUCAACCAGAUUCUGCAAACUCUGUUGUUUGGAAUAUGUGUCAUAAUUGACUUUGCUCAUAUGUUCAUCCCUGCCACAAAGAAGAGUGUGUCAUCCAGAUUGUUGCCUCCAAGAGACUUCAUCUUCUCAGUGCUAGUAUUCCCUGUUGGCUUAUUUGUAGCUGUUACUUUUUGGACCCUUUAUGCAUAUGACAGAGAAUUGGUAUACCCUAAAGAACUGGAUGAGAUUAAUCCACCUUGGCUUAAUCAUACCAUGCAUACCACUAUACUGCCACUACUUCUUAUUGAGCUGAUUACAUGUCCACAUAAAUAUCUUUCUAAAUUGAAGGGAAUGAUAGGACUUAGCAUCUUUGGUACUUCAUACCUCACAUGCCACAACACCUGCAACAGCCAGACCCAUCAAGAACAGAGUCUUCUUGUACUGCUAACAGGCUGGCCAACCUGACUGGGAGAAAAAGGAAGACUCAGGAUGAGAUCUUUGCAGAAUUCAUGGCAAAGUCACAUGGAAAGGAAAACCAGGCUGGCUGAGAGGUGGAGGCUGAACAUGGGGACACAGAGAGAGAGAAAGAGAAGUGGCUCUCCAAGGAGAUCCUGGGAGUAUCUGCCAUCAGUAUUGCAGUGGCCAGGGAAAGCAUGGCUGUGGCCAACGACAUCAUCACCAUGGUGAAGGAGAGCAUGAAAAAAGAUAGGAAGAUGCAGAGGCACUGCAGAGAUGUUCAGAGUUCAUGGACGCUAUCCGAGGCCAGAAUCCCCUCCUGCAAAACAUGCAACUGCUAGGUCAGCAGGCCCUGCUGUCCUGUAAUUUGGGAUCUCACCAUUUUCUUCAGCUCCUGGACAAGGCUGGCUACUGGGACCAGCAACAACUCCUAACCUCUGCAUUCCACAGCCGUACUCUCAGUGGCUCCCAUUCACCUCUGAGAUCCAACCUCUGGGCAGUGACAAUACUUGCACCUGGGAGUCAAGUUCUUUUGAGCCCUGCAGUGCCCCUGAGAAUUUUGAGCCAUAGCACUCAACCCAUGGUGACAAGAAGAGCCAGAGACAAGGUGUAUGCAAACCCCCCUUCCCUAAAUUGUUAUAUUUGAAAUGUUCUUAUUGUUUCACUUUGAGUAUUGUUUGCACUGUUGCAGUAAUUAAAGGUUUGUGUAUAGUUGGUUAUUUA